GAGAGAGAGGGAGAGAGAGAGAGAGUAUGUACUCAAUUAAUACACGCAGGCUCACGCACACGUAUAUACUAUGAAAAGGAGUGGUUACUAAUUGAUAACGAUGCUUUGAAAGCGAAAGAAGAAAGGGAAUAUAGUUUAUAAAUAAUAUAUAAUAUAUAUAUACAGAGAGAAAGAGACAGAUAGAGAAAAGGAAAGAGAGAGGGAAGAAGAAGAAGAAGAAGAAGAAGAAGAAGAAGAAGAAGAAGCAAGAGAGAGAGGGUGGGAGAUAGGAUAGAUUCAUGAGAGAGGUGGUGUUAGUGUAGGUGGUGAUUGUGGUGAUGGUGUUAGAGGCAGCGAUGCUGGUGGUACAGUCGUUGGUGAUAAAGUCGAAAAAGAGUUGCUCGCGCCAUAUAUAUUGGACAGAAGCGAGACUUAGCAGCGAAGAAUUUAGCGGGUUGUGUGUGUGUGUUGAAUGAGACACCAGUGAAAAAGAGGCCGCAGUAUAUUCUGCUGCCGUCUGUUGUACUCCCGGAUGUCGCGUGCUGACAAUGCCUUGGAUUGUUGUUAUGUAAUACCUGCACUGUCAAGGUCUGGGAAUAAAUGCAACUCCAAAGCCAGUAGUACAUCGUCACACUGAACUCGAAACAAUUACAAUUCUAAAUUAUGACGGAAAAAGAAUGCAAUUGGAAACUAUGCGGUUCUGUGUUCUUUAUUUUCACACUUGGUCUAAUUGUAGGCUUUGUGACUUUUUCAAUUCUGUCAGUGAUCGAGUUAAAGCGAUUACGUGCUGAAGUGUGUAACGAAGGUCUUGCCAGUUAUAUAAUCGCUAAUCCAGAGAAACCUGUAAUAUUUGCGGAUUUAUCACCCAAAGAAAUACGUUCAGUAUUCGAUUACAUUAAAAACCAGUCUGAUUUAAAUAUCGUACAUCCAGAAAAAGUUAACAGUAUUAAUGUUAGUUACGUGAAUAAUAUUGAAUUAAUGUUACCCAAGAAAUCUGAAGUUGUUGCUUAUUUAGAAGGUAGGGCUGAACAGCCGCAAAGAAACGCUAAAGUUGUUAUCUUUCGUGGAGACAAAAGAAAGCCUGUUGUUGAGGAGUAUAAUGUCGGCCCACUACCUGAGCCGACACAGCAUACCUUACAAACAACAAUCCCAUUUUCUUUUAGACCUGCUAGCGAGACAGAGUGGUUCAUUGAAAACGACCGAUUUAUUCAAAAAUUAGAACGAGAUUUGGGUAGAAUAAUGAGAGAAAGUUACGGUUCUUCCUUGUUAAACUGUGGAGACCGAUGCUUGACAUUCUAUUUGGCAACACCUGUUUCUUCCGCCAUUACUAGAACCGAAGAAAGACUGAAGUGGAUCAUGCUUUCCUAUCAGAUGGAAUAUUCUUCUCUGUAUCCUUUGGACAUGAAUAUUUUAUUGGAUUUAACAGGGAACGAUCCGAUGGAUUUCUCGAUAAGGGCAAUUUGGUACGAAGGACAACUGUUCAAAACUAUCACUGAAUUUGUUGACCGUUAUCAAAACGAUCCAUCUGUUAAAAAAGUGCGGAGGAAAUUUCCGGUUAAGAAUGGAAACUUAUUUUCUACAGCAAAUUUACGAGGCGAAACCUUUCCAACUACAGGUCAACGCCGUGUUUACCAAACAGAGCCAGACGGUAAAAGGUACCGGGUUGUUGGAUCAGAAAUUGAAUAUAUGAAAUGGAAAUUUAUCUAUAGACUAUCCCCAGUUACCGGGCCUCAAUUAUUUAAUAUACGCUAUCAGGAAGAACGAAUUAUCUAUGAACUUAGUCUCCAAGAAGUAGCUGUCCAUUAUUCAGGACAAAAUCCAGGAACAAUGCUUGCUAAUUAUUAUGAUAGCUUUGCUAUGUACGGCAAAGCAAAUAACGGUCUGAUACCAGGUGCCGAUUGCCCAGAACAUUCUUUGAUGAUCCCAACUUACUAUUUUUCUCAACGAAGUAAAGACAUAGUUGAAAAGAACCAAUUUUCAAUCUGUGUUUUCGAACAAAACACUGGGAUUCCUCUGCGACGUCACCAUUCUUCAACAAAACAAUCAGGAAGAUUCUAUACAGGAAUGAUGGAUGAUGUUUUGGUCUUUCGAACAAUCACAACUGUGAUCAACCGCGAUUAUAUUUUUGACUUUGUUUUCCACCAGAACGGAGCAGUGGAAGUUCGCAGCAUUCCCACAGGUUAUAUAAUGGGGACCUACCCUAAAAACGAUGAAAAACGUUACGGUAGUCACCUCCAUAAACACUUACACGGAAAUAUUCACCAGUAUUUAUUCAAUUACCGAAUUGAUAUAGACAUCAAAGGGAUCAAAAAUCGAUUUGAAAUGUUAAAUAUUGAAGGUGAUAAAACUGAGAACCGAAAAUGGGGAGGUGAAAAAUAUUAUUAUCAAAAUAAAUUUAGGAGAAAACUUGUUUCUACAGAAAAGGAGGCUGCGUACAAAUUUGACUUUUCUAAACCGAAAUAUUUAGUCUUUAGCAACGACAAAUUUAGAACCGAACAAGGUAUUCCUAGAUCAUAUAGAAUCCAAAUUAAUUCAAUGAGCAAAGAAUUAUUACCCCUUGAUCGCAGCACGGAACGAAGUCGAUCCUGGAGUCGAUACCAAUUAGCAGUAACUGUCCAUAAAGACAAUGAGACUCGAAGCAGUUCUGAAUAUGUAACGUAUGAUGGCCUGAACCCACUUGUUGACUUUCAGAAAUAUAUGGAUGAUGACGAGAGCAUUGUUGAUCAGGAUUUGGUUGUUUGGGUUACCCUUGGAUCUUACCGAAUUCCACAUAUGGAGGAUUUACCGGUGAUACCGACAGUCGGAGAACAUCACAGCUUCUUUCUGCUACCGUUUAAUUAUUUCAAUGAAGAUCCAUCAGUAGGUUCCAGAAACGCGAUUCGUAUGGAAAGGCUCAAUAACGGGAAAUUAAAAAUCGAACGUUAUGGAGUAUCAAACAAACAACAAUGUGUUCCUAAAUCAUCUAAAUUCGAUGACACUGUAACUAGAAACCCUAAUUUGAUGUUUGGUGCGUAAGAAACACUUCAUAUUUUCUUUGUGUAUGUGUGUGUGUAAGCGUGUAUGUAUGUGUGUGUGAUAGUCGAAUUCCUUCUAAGCUAAGCCUCGAACAGCUCUAUGAUCAACAUCAGUCUAAUACCAUGAACUUCCUACUUCACAUUUCUGUUGUCAUAUAUCUAGCGAUACACACAUACAGUGAGUGUGAUGCAAAAGGUAUUUGGUCGCUAUUUUUUAAUAUAUCGAACGACUGACUGUAUCUCGAGGCUUUCUCGUCAGCACAAUUAUUAUUAUUUUUUUUAAUAUUCCCCGUGUCAUUAACUGUUUCGAAAUUCCGCAAAAGAGAAAUUGUUUGGAGGUUGAGGAAAUGGUGAGAGGAGCGGAAUUAUAUUUAUUUUUUAAUUUAUUUUCAUUUCUUUCUCACACAAACUCACAUAUUGUUGUUGCUACAAAAAAAAAAUUGUAUUUUGAUGGAAGCAGAACAAACACCUAAAUAAAUGUUUCAUUUACAGACAA